AGGGACGCGAAUUCAAACACAAAUAAGAGCGAUUUUCUAAGGGAAAAUGAAUGCAAGCAUGAUGGUGCUGGUUAUGGUGUUAGUGUUGGUGGUAAUAGUGGUAGUCGUGUUGGUGGUGGCAGUGUUGAUGUUGGUGGUGUUGGUGGUGGUAGUGGUGGUGGUGGCGAUGGUCUUGGUGGUGGUAGUAGUAGUGGUGCUGGUGGUGGUGUUGGUGGUAGUGGUGGUGGUGAUGGUAGCGGUGGUGUGGGUGGUGGUUUCGUGGUUCGGUGGUCCUGUGAUGCGUAAUCAGUGUUGUCUUCUUAUAGCAUAA